AUGGCUGGCGACGGUGAAUCUACCAUUGUUUCCAAUGCGGCCAACUUGGCCAAAUACAUGAAACUGGACCAAAAGGGCAAGGUGCUUGCUGAGUACAUCUGGAUUGAUGGAACAAACGGCCUCCGAAACAAGACAAAGACUUUGAGCGAAGCCCCCAAGAGCGUCGACGAUCUCCCCGAAUGGAACUUUGACGGCUCGUCAACCGGCCAGGCUCCGGGCGACAAUUCUGAUGUCUACAUCCGACCCGUGGCCAUGUACCCCGACCCCAUCCGUCUAGGCGAAAACGUCCUGGUGAUGUGCGAGACUUGGGAUCCCGAUGGAACUCCCAACAAGUUCAACUACCGCCACGAGGCCGCGCGGUUAAUGGACGCCAAUGCCAAGCACAAGGUGUGGUUUGGUCUAGAACAGGAAUACACUCUCUUGGCGGCCGACGGCUGGCCAUAUGGCUGGCCCAAGGGUGGCUUCCCCGGCCCACAGGGUCCUUACUACUGCGGUGUGGGCACUGGCCGUGUCUACUGCCGUGAUAUCGUGGAGGCACACCACAAGGCCUGCAUGUAUGCCGGCAUCAACAUCUCGGGCACCAACGCCGAAGUGAUGCCAGCUCAGUGGGAAUAUCAAGUUGGUCCUUGUGAAGGCAUUGAGUUGGGUGACCAACUCUGGGUCUCGCGAUGGCUCCUCCACCGUAUCGCCGAAGAAUUUGGCGCCAAAGUCUCGUUCCAACCCAAGCCUAUCCCGGGUGACUGGAAUGGAGCUGGUCUCCACACCAAUGUGUCGUCCAAGGAAAUGCGUGAAGAAGGUGGCAUGAAAUACAUUGAGGAGGCCAUGAAGAAGUUGGAGAAGCGCCACGUUGAACAUAUCAAGGUCUACGGUGAAGACAACCAUCUGCGCAUGACUGGUGCGCACGAGACUUCCAGCAUCGACAAAUUCACCUGGGGUGUGGCCGACCGAGGAUCGUCUGUCCGCAUCCCCCGAGCCUGCGCCCGUGAAGGCAAGGGCUACUUUGAGGACCGACGACCAGCAUCCAACGCUGACCCAUACCAGGUCACUGGAAUGAUCGUUGAGACCUUGUAUGGGUCGCUGCCCGAAGAGAAAUUCUGA